GAAUGACAUAAGUGGUUCAAUGGGAAACGUUACGCCUGUGGUUGUGUAAGAACGGGAGGAAAGAUGUUUCAAAACUGAAAGAACCCGGUCCACGGAGUUCUGAAAAGCAGGACAAAAUGAGAAUAAAAAUGAGAAAGCAUUUAAUGAAGGUGGAAGGCCUAAUUCUUCUGUCCGUGGGUCUUCUGGGCAUUUUCUUCAUCUUGCAAGGAUAUGAAAAUGGGCCACAGUUGGAAAAGAAACAUCUGAAAAUCAUUGACUUUUCCACCCACUCCAUUCCUAACCUUCCUCAUCUGUCCUCAAUACAGGGCAUUUCUAAGUGCCAGAUAAACACUUCAGUGGAGAGUAUGAUUGGUUUUUCCAGUUUACCUGAACAUAUUAAAGACUUUUUGAGAUAUAGGCACUGUAAGGCCUUCCCCCAGAUUCUUAACUCCCCUAUGAAAUGUGGAGGUCCAGCAGAAUCACACAAGGUCUUCCUUCUACUGGCUGUGAAAUCGUCCCCUGGGAACUAUGAGAGAAGAGCCAUCCUUCGUCAAACAUGGGGGAUAGAGCAGACCUAUUCUGGUGCCCAUGUGAAAAUAAUAUUUCUUUCUGGCACUGCAAGUAAUAAUAAUAAGUUGGACAAAAGAAUGAAAAAGUUGUUAGAAAUCGAAAGUCAGACAUAUAGGGAUAUUUUGCAAUGGGAUUUCAAGGAUACCUUCUUCAAUCUGACCUUAAAGCAGUUUUUGUUUCACCAGUGGCUAGAGGAGAACUGUCCAGGAGCUCAAUUUAUUUUCAAUGGGGAUGAUGAUGUAUUUGUUAAUACUUUCAAUGUAAUCACCUAUUUACGUGGAUUCGGACAGAAUGGAGCAGACCGUCACCUCUUUGUUGGGCAGCUGAUAGCCAACGUUGGUCCCAUACGGGAGUCUAAUAGCAAAUAUUAUGUCCCUGAGCAAGUUACCACCUAUAAUUCUUAUCCAAUGUACUGUGGAGGUGGAGGGAUUCUGAUGUCCAGAUUUACAGCUCGUGCCAUAUAUAACCAGUCUAUCCACAUAGAACUUUUUCCUAUUGAUGAUGUGUAUCUGGGUAUGUGCUUAAAAAUGGCUGGUUUGGUACCAGCUUCUCACAUGGGUAUGAGAACUGUAGGGGUGCGAGUGCCAUCAGACAAAUUAGAUGCAUUUGACCCUUGUUAUUAUAGGGAACUUUUAAUGGUACAUCGAUUUGUACCAUAUGAAAUGCUGAUUAUGUGGAAAGCUAUACAAGACUCUAAUCUCAACUGUGGCCAGAGACGUGGAAUAUAUAUGGUCAAGUGAAGAAUUUCUGGGAAAAGAUGCAAUCUCCUCUUGCAAAUUUAUAAGCGUUCC